AUGUUCCUUUGGACUAAACGGGCUUCGGUGCUCAACGAGCUAGUUGUUUUGGUUUCGUUCAACCUGAUUUCAGUGACACUCCAGGCGCCGCCCUUUUCCCCUAUGAGUCUACCAGCAACUAUGGGCCUGGCUAAUCCCGCUGUAGAAAUUGGGACAAAACUUUCGAGAAAACCUAGUCUUAAUCCCAGCGAGUUCGAGGCAAUUGAGAUGACCAGCGCACCGGCAGCCAAUUCCAAGAGCAACUCAUUAUUAAACCCAUCCAAAACGCCUACCUCAGGGCCGGUAGUGCCAAGUGAUAAGUUGGAAUUGUUGAAAUACAUGAGUAGCUUUCACAAGCUUCCCAAUUCUGUGUCCCCAGAGACAAAUCUAGCAAAAGGUGAAAAAACAGAGGAUCAGAUUAUCCAGUUGGCGAGAUUGAACACACAAAGAAAAGAUAUCAUCAAACAAGCGGGAUUGAUACUCAAACAUCGCCGCCAGAGAACGAUGGCCAAGUUUGCCGUCCGGCUCGAGGAAAUCGCUCAGAGUAUUGAGCUUGCCAAAAGAGUCUUGAGGCAUCCACAUGCAGACGCCGACGGCUUGGUGGACUGGAACACGGGGCUCUCUCGACUGGACGAAGUCGUCAAGAAGGCAAAAAGCUUGCACCAGCAGAAGAUCAAAGCCCAGCUUUCCGCGCCCCCCAAAGCGUCUUCACGCAUAUUUGAACCAAUCGGGCGAGACCCGUCGGACGCAGUUCUAGAAAACCUGCAAAGGACUCUCACGGAUGGGCUGGAAAAUCUCCUCAAGUUAGCCAAGAAGCACGAAGACACAGUGGAUGCCAAGUUGCAGGGACAGUUGAGGGUAGCCAAGAAGUACGAAGACAAAGACGGUGCCAAGUUGCAGGGACAUCUGAACGACUACCGGAACACGAUCUUCUUGGUUUUGAACAGUGUCCGGGAGUUCGGCCUGGUGAACAAAGACUCGCUCGCCCGUCUUUUGAGCGAUUCCGACACCCUCAAGAUGCUUGCGAAGUCGGAUGUGCGGACUGUCGUCAGCGGCAAAAGUAGAGCAGACUCGGCACAGCUUACAUCCUUGAAAGCGGCGUGGAGGAAAUCUUUGGAUGAGCUGAUUCGAGCAUCCCCUUCAGGUGACUAUGGAAGCUUUUACGUGCAAGAGGAGGCAAGAUCUGUGGAUCUUGUGAGGAUAGAGUACUGGGAAAUCGUACACGAUCUUUUGAUGAAUCAUGCCCACCCGGCAUGA